AUGAGGAUGCCACCUCCGUCAUCCUCAUCUGGCCCAGCAGCUCGUGCCUUGCCACAUUUGGGUCAGGAUAUAGAGCGCCAGGAGGCUAGAGCAGCUGGUGGAAGAGCUGCAAAAGCAGGGAAGCAAGGCUCCCCGGUGCUGCUGGGCGAGCAGAAGCGUCAGGCAGCCAGCGGCAGCAGUGGCACAUCCUUGCUGCUGGCACCGGCAGCACUGCUGUUGGGCAGGGCAGAGAGACCGGCAGCCCAGAGGCUGCCAGCUGCGUGCCACGCUCAGGCUGCUGGGGGUGGCUGGCAGCUGGCCGGUGGCCCUUUGGACUGCGGCACUGCUCUGCAAGCGCACCUCGGUUCUUGYAGGCUGAUCCCAAGCAGAGACCUGCCAUGGCCCCAUCCAACAAAGGAUGCCGCUGCCCUGCAGGAAAGACAAGUGUUAGUGGCGACAGCAACAGGACCAGAGGGAGGUGGCCCAGCCUCGGCUGGGCCCUUUGCUCUGCGGUGGGGCCGAGCCGAGGCUGCCCAGGCACCGUGGCAGGAGGGCUGCGGCUGCAGCAGGACGCUCUUUGGGCAGCCCCUGGCAGCCGUCUGCGUGGAGGAUGGCACAUUGCCCCAGCCCAUCCAGGUUAGGCAGCCUGGAGAGGGACAGCCCAUCUCUCUGUUUGGCUGUUGUGCAGCCAGCAUCCCCACACAUGUCCUCCAGGCACGGGUCACAGGGCUCUUCAGCUGUGGCUCAGCCUCCUGCUCACAGCCCCUUGGCAGCAGAAGGCAGGGAGCCCGAGCUGGGGAAGAGCUCUGGCUCUGGCCACUGCUCUUGGAGCAGCCCAGCUCCUCACACAAGGUCCCUGCCCUUGUGCCUCUCCUGCAGGACCUGCUUGUGGUCCUUCACCAUCAAGGGCCCACAACAGAAGGCGUCUUCCACAAAGCGGAGAGCACUGGGGCAGUUCAGAAGCUGCGGCAGGCCCUGGACCAUGGCCUGCCUGUCUGUUGACAUGGCCAGUCAGCCAGCACUGUUGCUGGCCUUCAUCCUCAAGGUGAGCCCUCAUGUCCUACAGCUUCAAAGUCUCCUGCCAAGGGCUGCCAUGGUCCAAGGCUCACCGGCAGCCCUUGGCAUUUCAAGACUUCCUGAGAAGCAUUCCCGGCAAGCUCCUCAGCACGGGCUUCUAUGAGGAGCUCUUGACAGCCAUGCAGAUGGACAGCAGGGAGGAUAAGAUCUCUCAGAUCCAAGUGUAAGUGUGGGCAGCAGCUUCCAGGUCUGCAGCAGCCACUGCUACAAGGCUGGCACUCACCUGCAAGGGGAUGGUCUCCUUCAAAGGCUGUGCUUUUGGGCAGCUCGCACUUCCAGGUUGGCAGUCCCAUUCCGGAGCAAUGCACGGGGAGCCUUCCCUUGCAUGGCCUUGGGGCAAAUCAGCAGCUGGGAAGCAACUCUGCGCUUCCUUCCUACAGGAGUGUGGGAGCUGGCUGAGAACGCCCACAAAGCUACACAACGCAGCUGCUGGCUGCCCCCUGGCUGGGGCCAGCUCCGGGGGCAGCUGUGGUCAAUAUAGCCCUGCUGAUGAACAUUCUCUUCCAUCCGACGGCUGAUACUCCAGUAUUCCUGGAUGCAGAGGACUCAGAUAUGCCUUUGGAAUCAAAUGCCCAGAAGAACAGUAGGAGCAGGAAGGAAGCAUGGACUGACAAAGGCAGCCUGAGGCACAGCAGCAGCAACAGAGAGUCCUGCACAUGCCUAGCACAGCUCCCCAGUCCAUGACCCACUUCUGACCCACAGCAGAGUACAUCAGGAGCAGGGUGUGUGUCUCUUCUGUAUCUUCUCUUGUUAGGCUGUAAUGUAUUAUGACCUAUGCACUUAUAGAUCUCUCUACAUACACCUAUAUAUAUGUACCUAUAUGUAUGCAUCUGUAUUCGUAUAUACACAUGUAUGGAAAC